AUGUUCGUGACGUUGCCUGAUAUAUUCUACAUGGUCAGCAUUACAGCUAAUGGUAUACUUAGCAUUUUUGCUAACUGUUUUCUUUUGUACAUGAUAAUACGCAAAAGCCCACCACAGCUCACACCGUAUCGAAUUUUCCUUGCCAACACCGCAAUUACGCAGUUAUCGUACGCGGCGGUGAUGAUUAUGGUCGAGCCAAAGAUUUUCUCAAAUGAAAUGCGUAUUGUCGUCGUGUACCUUGGACCAGCCCAGUAUUUUGGACCAUGGGUGUGCUACAUGCUUCUAAUCACUAUGCUGCAUCUGGCAGUGAACUCGUUUAUCUCUAUUAUGCUGUCUAUGAUUUUUCGAUGCAUAGCUAUCCGCACCUUGGGAUUUCCCACUUCGGCAGCCUAUGUUAUGUGCGCUCUUGGAUAUUUCAUUCCCUUGACAAUGGUGUUGGGCGUCAUCGAUAUGGAAUAUGUUAGCGAUUAUGAAUCGAACACAAACUACAUGAAUCACACCGUCAAUAACCUGGAACGCUACCGCACGGUUGUUGGAACCAGGAUCGAUCAGGCUCUUACCGUCCAAUCGAUAAUUCCACUGUUCACCGUCUUCCCUGCAUCGAUAUCCUUUAUGCUGACACAGUUUGGAAUGGUGCACUAUCAUUUCUACUGUUACUUCAUCACAUCAUGCUUGAGUGUUGCUACUCUCGUUGAUCCGAUCGUAACGAUUUACUAUGUGAGUCCGUAUCGCCGAUUCGUGAAGAGAUGCUUGGGAUGGAGUCAAAAGGAUCCGAAGGAGACGAUGUUGAGGCGUGAUUCAACGGAAAAGACGAACAGUUUUCGAAAGUCUUUCAAGAAUUUGCUGCACCACCCCGACUACAAAACUCCUGUAGCUCUUUAG